AUGACCGAAACCACGACAGAUGGCCCCGUGGCCUUCGAUUUCCCUGCCGCAAAGGCCGCGUUAAUGUCCUCUUCGACGACGGCUCGCCAAGCUCAGCUCCGCGUAAUCGACGAGAAGAUAGCCCAAAAAGACCUCCCCCCCGCCACCAUCACCCCUCUUCUCAAAGUCCUCUUCUGGACCCACGAAGCUUACCACGAUCGCCCCUCGAGGCGAGCAGUCCAGACUUGUCUCGUGUCCAUAAUAGAAAGCGGACUCAACCCCGAUCUGUUCUCCCCAUUCGUCACCGCCGUCGUUCAAGAGUGCCAAAGACCCGGUCUUGCCCCCACAACUGCCUUCGUCCUUGUCGAGUGGUGCAGUCUUCUUACCCAGCAUCUCUCCGGCACGUCCCAAUGGAAUAAGUUCGGCUCUCAGAUCCUUCAGGGCCAUGCCCUCGUGCUGGAAAAGUGCCUCGGUCCCUCCGCUAAGCCUGGUGUAUCGCAUUCCGCUACGGUUAUUACCAGACGUGGUCUUCGGAAGUUGCUUUUUCAAGACGGCCCUGCCGGCGAACAAGUCCUCAUCAAUGCAGUUACUCAACUAGCGGCGAAGGGAAGUCAACCCACUGCGCGCAAUGGUCCAUUUCUGGGCAUCAUCGCCGGUGUAUCAUCGCGCAUUCCCACGGCCAAACCAGUUCUCGAGAAGCUAAAGAGUCAAUACACCACCUUCUACUCUAGAGAAGUCGUAAAUUCGCGAACCUCAGUCCCUGAACACAUUGCUGGUGCCUUUUCGGACUACUUCUCGGACUUUUCGUCUCUCGAGGAAUUCAAAGCAGAGGUCGUCCCCGCUUUAGAAAAGGGUCUCCUACGGGCGCCCGAGGUUGUGCUCUGCAACGUCAUAGUGCCUCUUGUUAGCUCACUGCCAAAAUCUUUUGACCUGACCGAGAUUUUGGCGAAGAACCUCUUGAAGCCAAUUCUCUCGAGCGCUAAAUCCUCCAACGCCGCCGUAAGGGCAGGGGUAUAUGCCUCUUUCGCCGCGAUCUCAUCACGCACGAAAGCGUCGCCCUCGCUUGACGCGGCUGUUGACGAGAUUCUGGGCCCCCUAAAGUCUGGAAAAUUGGCUUCAGUCGACCAGAGGCUCCUACAUGCGCAACUUCUAGAGAAAGUGCCCGUUUCUAAUCCUAAAGCUGAGCAAGUUGCUUCUGGCCUUGCCUUGAUUGCGCCAAAGGAGGGCAACGAAGCCUGUCUACAGGCGGAAACUUCGACACUUGUCAGCUGCUGUCUCCAGCUCUCUCUCGACAUCGCUAAACCUGUGGCAGAGGCCUUCGUCAAGGGCCUAGCUGAUAAGAAGAUCCCAAAUCGGAGGAUUUGGAUCUUGAAAACCGGCCAAAUAUUAGCAACUGCCUUAGACGACGAUGCAUUGACAAAAUCUAUUGCCCCCUUCGCUGAGGCGACAGUACCAAAACUGCUGGAUUCUUAUAAUGAGGUCAUCGCCAACCCUCUUGCAACCUCUCAGAGCGGCCUUAUCGUUGGCGGUUACGUUUUUGCCGGUCUUGUGCCCCUUUUACUGGCCAAGCUCAACAGCGGUGCGGUCAAGACUGCCCUCUCCAAAGUCUCUCUUUCGAAGCAAUGCCUCUCGUUAGAGCCUAAACCCUCCUUCCUUCUCAAUCCUCGUAUCUUUAGCAAAUUGACCAUUGAAGACGAGUACGUUUGGCUUUGUCGGACGCUUCUGUCCAUUCCUGCUGAGUCUCGCCAGGUCAUGGCGCCUCCCGCUGCCCUUGCCUGGGCGCAAGCUCUUAUCUUCCUCGCUUGUUCAUCGACUCUCAACCCCAAAGUUACCCGGGAGGCGAGGGAACGUAUCUCGGCUGCCUAUUUACACGAGCCAGAGGCAAUUUCCAAGCUUUUGAUCAACGGUUUAUGGGGCUGGAUAAAAUCCGUCGAGGUGGCUGAUAAGGAAAGCGUUCCCAUCAUUUGCAAAUCUGAGAACGAUGCCUUAUUCCCCGUGCUGAGGAGCAUAUGCUUAAACCGAGCCACUGCCCAGGAAUCAGGCCAAGAUACUAGCAUACAGGAAUUGGAUGAGCAACUAUGCUCACUGGUUGUCCUUGGCCGGACUGAGUUGGUUGGCGGCGCCGGAUGGAUAGACCUCUGUCUUAAGGCCGAGAGGGAUCCCGGUGAGCUUUCUAGGAAAUACGAAGACUCCCUAAUCAACCACAUGAUGGUCGCUGCUUCUGGCGAACAACAGGUUGCGAAGGUGAGGGAUGCCGCUUGCAAGGCCGCUGCCGAGUUGGCAUUCGUGUCUCCAGCCACAAUGACUUCCCGUAUAAUAUCCUUGAUUGAGGAUGAUCUAGACCCGGCUCGUCUCGAAAACAUUGGCCCUGUCGAGGCUGCAAUUUUCAAGACCCCUGAAGGGACUACUUUCAUCGAUGUUCUUGCCAACAAGAAAAAGACCGUGCCCGACAAAAACGCAAAAGAUUACGAUAUUAUGAAGUGGGAAGAGGAACUGAGGGCUCAGCUGGCAGAAAAGAAGGGUCAACAGAAGAAAUUGACUGCCGACGAGACUGCCAAGGUAAAUGCUCAGCUGAAGAAAGAAGCCGGAAUCCGCGAAUCCGUGCGCGCCACCGCUGCCAAAUUAGACCGGGGCAUUGGUAUAAUCCGGAGCCUCGCAACUGGACCUCCUACCGAAGAUAUAAUGUGGAUUCAGCCGGCGGUGAAGUCUUUGCUUUCUGUCAUCGACGCCGGAGCUUGUUUAAUUACCGGGGAUUCUGCCCCCAAGGCAUUCAUCUCCUGCUCCGACAGGGUUUCAAGCCGCCUCGGUCCCACUCGCGUCUCUAUCGGCGCCGCAACUCUUCGUGCAAAGGGCGUUCUGUCACUUCCCGAAGAACUUAUGCAAGAGCCACUUGAUGACUUAAUAACUCGUGUGUUAUACCGACUACGAUUUGCUGGAGAGCAGCGCCCCUUUGACGCAGUCUCAUUCAUUUAUAUGGUUCCCCUCUUGCUCAACGUACUUCACACCGGUGGGGCUAGCAAGACGGAAGAUGACCGGGACGCUCAGUUGGUCCUCGCCGUCGAGGUUUUGGCGUUCCAUUCGGACGUUUGCGCAGAGGAGGCUGUCCCCAGAUCCGAUAUACUGGAGACCCUCAUCAAUUCCAUGCAGCAAUACUCUCAGCACUACAAGGCCAUUAAGGACUGCUUCGCUGAUAUCUGUCGGUGUGUAGCGCCAAGCAUGACCACUGAUGAGAUUGAGGUUCUAGCCAAGGGAGCAAUUGUCCCGCAGGACUCCGUCCGGACAGCUGUCCUGCAGUCCAUAAGUUCUGAGGUUGAUAUGAGCGAACUAUCUUUCUCGAACGAGACUUGGAUCGCCGCCCAUGACGACGAACCUGAAAAUCGUACUCUUGGCCAGGAAAUUUGGGAAGAGAGUGGAUUUUCCAUUUCACCAGAUGUUCCAUUCCGAAUGCUUCCUUACCUCGAAAGCAAGGAUGCUCAGUUGCGCAGGUCUACGGCGAGAUCUCUCGCAGAGGCGGUGGGCGCCCACGCCUCCACUUUGGACAAAGUUCUAGAGAAGCUCAAGGCGGCUUAUGUAGAGCUCGCCAAGCCGAGAGUUCAGAAGCUUGACGAGUACGGCAUGCCCAAGAAGAUGGACCUCUCUGACCCAUGGGAGGCUCGUCACGGUAUUGCUCGAGCGCUGAAGGAACUCGCUCCUCACCUCACGAGAACCCAACUCGAUCCCUUAUUCGACUUCCUCAUCCAGCAAGGGCCACUUGGAGACCAGAAUGCCUCCGUCCGAUCCGAGAUGCUCGAAGCUGCCAUCGAAAUUAUCAAUAUCCAUGGCAAGGGUAUGUUGGAGAGGUUGAUGAAGGCCUUUGAGAAAACACUCGAGGGCCCAGACAAGAACACGGAGGCAUCUGACCGUGUCAACGAGGCUGUGGUCAUCAUGUAUGGUGCGCUCGCUCGUCACCUCAAGCCGGGUGAUUCCAAGUUGCCGGUCGUCAUAGACAGGUUGAUAGCCACUCUCAGCACUCCCUCGGAAACUGUCCAAUAUGCCAUUGCAGAGUGCCUUCCACCACUUGUGGUCGUAUACGGACAAAAGUCCUCUCGCUAUUUUGCAGAGAUUUUGGAAACACUUUUGUCUGCCAAGAAGUACGCAGCGCAGCGCGGCGCAGCCUACGGUUUAGCCGGCCUUGUCAAGGGUAGGGGAAUCGGCUCACUUAGAGAAUUCCGCAUAAUGAGCACGCUCAAGGGAGCGAUGGAGAACAAGAAGGAUGCCAGUCAGAGGGAGUCGGCUCUUCUCUCUUACGAGCUUCUCUCAGUCAUUCUUGGCCGUAUUUUCGAGCCAUACGUUAUCGAGGUCGUUCCCCAGCUACUUACAGGAUUUGCCGAUGGCAAUCCCAAUGUCCGUGAUGCAGCUCUGGAAGCAGCAAAGGCCUGUUUUGCUAAGCUUAGCUCGUAUGGUGUCAAGAAGAUCCUUCCUACACUGCUCUCCGGAUUAGACGACCAGCAGUGGCGAAGCAAGAGGGGUGCCUGCGAUCUCUUGGGAGCUAUGGCUUAUCUCGAUCCUCAACAGUUAUCAUUGAGCCUGCCGGAGAUUAUUCCACCGUUGACCGCCGUCCUCAACGACAGUCACAAAGAAGUCAGAGCGGCCGCAAACAAGUCGCUGAAGCGAUUUGGCGAAGUCAUCACCAACCCCGAAGUACAGGGUAUCGUCGAUAUCUUGCUCAAGGCCCUCAGCGAUCCCACCAAAUAUACAGACGACGCGCUGGACUCCCUCAUCAAAGUUCAAUUCGUACAUUAUCUCGAUGCGCCCUCCUUGGCCCUGGUCACGCGUAUCCUUCAACGUGGUCUUGCCAGCCGAUCCGGAACGAAGCGGAAGGCUGCCCAGGUUAUUGGCAGUCUGGCCCAUCUUACAGAGCGCAGGGAUCUUAUUAUUCACCUUCCUGUCUUGGUCGCGGGCCUCAAGGUGGCCGCUGUGGACCCUGUUCCUACCACUCGCGCCACGGCUUCAAGAGCUCUUGGAUCCCUAGUGGAGAAACUUGGCGAGGAUGCACUCCCGGAUCUCAUUCCCGGUCUCAUGCAAACCCUCAAGUCGGAUACCGGUGCGGGCGAUCGCCUUGGUUCCGCCCAGGCUCUCAGCGAGGUUCUUGCCGGCCUUGGCACUUCACGGUUGGAGGAGACCCUGCCUACGAUUCUCCAGAACGUCGAGUCUUCGAAGCCAGCCGUCCGAGAAGGAUUCAUGUCUCUAUUCAUUUUCCUGCCGGUAUGCUUCGGCAACAGCUUCGCCAACUAUCUUGGAAGAAUUAUUCCUCCUAUUCUUGCUGGCCUGGCGGAUGAUGUCGAGUCCAUUCGUGAGACAUCUCUUCGAGCUGGUAGACUCCUUGUGAAAAACUUCGCAAUGAAGGCGGUCGAUUUGCUCCUCCCAGAGCUCGAACGCGGCUUGGCCGAUGAUAGUUACCGCAUUCGGUUGAGUUCCGUGGAGCUUGUCGGAGAUCUCCUGUUCAACCUCACUGGUAUUAGCGCUAAGGACGCUGAAGAGGCUGAGGCUGAAGGUGAAGCCGAGGAGUCCCUCAUGGAGAAGGCAAGAGACGCAGGAGCGUCGCUCAAGGAAGUCCUUGGUGUUGAGAAGCGGAACAAGAUUCUUUCGGCUCUCUAUGUGUGCAGAUGCGACACUGCUGGUAUUGUACGAGCAGCUGCGAUCUCGGUCUGGAAGGUUCUUGUUCCUAGUCCCCGGACGCUCAAGGAGCUCGUUCCGACCCUCACACAACUGCUCAUCCGCCGUCUUGGUAGCUCUAACAUGGAACACAAAGUCAUUGCCAGCAAUGCCUUUGGUGAACUCAUUCGCCGAGCUGGAGAUAACGUCCUGUCGACAGUCUUGCCUACACUCGAAGAGGGCCUCCAAACCACGGACGUUGAUGCCAAGCAGGGUAUCUGUCUCGCCCUCAAGGAACUUAUCUCCUCAGCUAGCGAAGAAGCCCUCGAAGACCAUGAGAAGACCCUCGUUUCUGUCGUUCGGACCGCUCUCACAGAUUCCGAUGACGACGUUCGCGAAGCAGCUGCGGAGGCCUUCGACUCUCUACAGCAAAUUAUCGGCAAGCGGGCUGUUGAUCAAGUACUUCCGUACCUCCUCAAUCUUCUCCGAUCCGAGGAGGCUGCAGACAAUGCCUUAUCAGCUCUCCUUACCCUUCUCACGGAGUCCACUCGAUCAAACAUCAUCCUACCGAAUCUUAUCCCUACCCUCAUCACACCACCUAUCUCUUCUUUCAAUGCCAAGGCGCUUGGGUCUCUCUCUCGCGUUGCUGGUCCUGCAAUGAGUCGCCGCAUGCCCCAUAUCAUCAACUCCCUCUUGGACAACAUUGUCACCUGCACGGACGAGACUCUGAAGCAAGAGCUUGAUGAGUCCUUUGAUACGGUGCUCUUGUCGAUCGAUGAAAAUGAAGGUCUCCAUACUGUUAUGAAUGUCAUGCUCCAACUUAUCAAACAUGACGAUCAUCGUCGCCGCGCCGCUGCGGCACACCAUCUCGGCCGGUUCUUCGAAGUUGCGGAGAUCGACUAUUCCAGGUAUAACCAGGACAUCAUUCGUGCACUUCUCAGCGCGUUCGAUGACGGAGACCUGGACGUAGUCAAGGCCGCCUGGGCCGCCCUCAGCCAAUUCACCAAGAAGCUGAAGAAGGAAGAGAUGGAGAAUCUCGCGCCCUCGACCCGUGUUACUCUACAGCUGGUCGGCGUGCCAGGCGCAAACCUGCGCGGCUUCGAGCUCCCCAAGGGUAUCAAUGCCAUCCUUCCAAUCUUCUUGCAGGGUCUCAUGUACGGUACGGCCGACCAGAGGACUCAGUCUGCUUUAGGCUUGUCGGAUAUCAUUGAUCGCACAAGUGAGGCGUCGCUCAAGCCGUUUGUAACCCAGAUCGCCGGUCCGCUUAUUCGUGUGGUGUCGGAACGAUCAACGGAAGUCAAAGAAGCUGUUCUGCUAGCCUUGAAUAACCUCCUUGAGAAAAUACCUCUGGCUCUCAAGCCCUUCUUGCCCCAGCUCCAGCGGACGUUCGCCAAGUCCCUCGCGGAUCCAUCGAGCGAGGCUCUACGGUCCCGCGCGGCUAAGGCCUUGGGCACGCUGAUCAAGUAUACACCGCGAAUCGAUCCCUUAAUUGCAGAGCUGGUAACUGGCUGCAAGACGUCGGACCCGGGAGUCAAAACGGCAAUGCUGAAGGCCCUAUACGAGGUUAUUAGCAAAGCCGGCGCUAACAUGGGCGAGACAUCACGGACUGCCGUCCUGUCGCUCAUCGAUAUGGAGACUGAUGAGAGGGAUGACGCCAUGACCGUCACCAACGCGAAGCUCCUCGGUGCUCUCAUUAAGAAUGUGCCCGAGGAGGCAGCCAAUGGCUUGAUCAAGAACAGAGUCAUGACCGGCAACUUCAGCAAUUCAUCUGUCCUUGGUCUCAAUGCAGUCCUACUCGAGUCGCCCGACAUCCUGCUCAACGGUCCUAUGGCUGAGGAUCUACCGGAACUCCUCUGCCGCGGUAUGAAGAACAAGAUCAAUUUUAUUGCCGAAAACUGCGUGCUUGCUACCGGGAAAUACCUGCUACACGAUUCUUCCAAGCCCUUUGAGACUACGAAGCAGAUAUUUGACACGCUCGCUGAGAUUAUUCCUCCCGGAAACCCCAGCGACUCUCGGCGACUUGCACUAGUACUCAUCCGAACCCUGAGCAGGGUUAACAUUGACAUCGUCCGACCCCAUACGCCUCUACUCGCACCACCUAUUUUCGCCAGUGUGCGGGACACGGUGAUCCCAGUCAAGCUCUCCGCUGAGGCGGCCUUCGUUGCCAUGUUCAGCGUCGUCGACGAGGAGAGCAAGAUCUUCGACAAAUUCAUGGCCGGACCGGGUGAGCAACUUCCUCCAAAUACGAAGCGCAGCAUGCAAGACUACUUCAAGCGGGUUACUCUGAGGCUUGGAGCGCAGGCCAGGGAGCGGAGGGAAGCAGAGGGUGGUCAAGGUGGUCUCGGUUUGUCUAACGAUGAGGUCGAAGACGAGAAGGAGAUCUGGAGCGUGGGUAGGGUGGAUGUUGGCGAGGGUGUGGCCAACCUUCUCACCCAGAAGCGCCUGGCCGCGUCGGUCAUCGGCUGCGGCAAGAACAAGAUCUGGCUAGACCCCAACGAAGUCAACGAAAUCAGCAAUGCCAACUCUCGUCAGACGAUCCGAAAGCUCAUCGCUGAUGGCCUCAUCAUCCGAAAGCCUGUCACCAUGCACUCCCGAUCUCGUGCCCGCGAGCUUAACCUCGCCCGAAGGGACGGCCGCCACCGAGGUUUCGGUAAGCGCAAGGGUACUGCCAAUGCCCGUAUGCCUACUGAGAUCCUUUGGAUGCGCCGCCAGCGUGUCCUCCGCCGCCUUCUUGUCAAGUACCGUGCCAGCGGAAAGAUUGACAAGCACCUCUACCACGAGCUCUACCACCUCAGCAAGGGUAACACCUUCAAGCACAAGCGUGCCCUCGUUGAGCACAUUCACCGUGCCAAGGCCGAGAAGCAGCGUGAGAGGUUGCUCAAGGAGGAGAUGGAUGCCAAGCGUGCCAGGACCAAGGCCGCUCGCGAGCGCAAGUUGGAGAGGGCGGCGGCGAAGAAGAAUGCUCUGCUAGAGGAUACCGAGGAGUAA